AUACCUCUAAUUUACAUCACGUCGUACAGAGAACGGAGUUUUUUUUCAAAAUGGCAGCUGGGAAAGUUGAAUACGAUCACGUUUCCAAGCCACCAGUGAAGAAACAUGACAUUAAGUCGCUGGAUUUAGCAUUCGUUAUGGACGCUACGGGCAGUAUGGGAUCCUACAUCGAAUCGGCGAAAAACAACAUUUGUAAAAUUGUUGAAGAAAUAGUGGCCAGUGAAAAGAGCGACGUGCGCCUGGCGUUGGUGAACUACCGUGAUCACCCGCCACAGGAAAGUUCAUUCGUGACGGAAGUGCAUGAUUUUACUACCUCACCGGGAACAAUGAAGAGUUGGCUGAGAAACACGAGCGCCACGGGCGGCGGCGAUACCCCAGAGGCGGUGGCAGACGCACUCCACGAUUCACUGAAACUCAGCUGGAGGGAAGAAGCCACAAAGAUCUGUGUCUGUAUAUCGGAUGCACCGCCACACGGAUUAGGAUGUAGCAACGACGGUUUCCCGGAAGGAUGCCCCGCAGGUAUUGACCCGAUUGAAGCUGUUCACCAAAUGGCGGGAAAAGGUAUCACACUCUAUGUGGUUGGAUGCGAACCGAGUAUCACGCCAUAUAAAAACUUUUUUAUGGCCAUAGCGUUCACAACGGGCGGUCAGUACGUUCCACUCAUCAAGGCACAGGUGUUGUGCCAGGUGAUCGUGGGAGGGGCGCGAGAAGAGAUGAGCUUGGAGCGACUGAUGGAGGAAGUGAAUGAGGAAGUGCAAGCGGAUCUCGCAGCUGGGCUCGCUAUAGACGAGGACGACAUGACAAAAAGGGUUCACGCAAAGAUGGCUUUUAAGGGUAUCCGCUCGACUCAACUUCAGCGCAAUAAAGCCGAACUGUCCAGCGCUCAUGAUAAUGAAGCCGCUAGCAAAUUGUCCAAACUAACCAACCUAAAAGACGUGCGGAAAGAAUUUAAACCUAAUCAUACUGCGGGUUUGACACCACGUUCAGCACCACGCGGGAUGGGAUACAGGAUGCGAUCGGCACGAAUGCCGACCGGAAGUUGCACGAUGGACGAGUAUGAAGAUACGGUCGAAGGUGUCGCCAUAGAAGAUACUUACGAGGCCGCUGAGAUGCCGAUCACUGUUGCGCAGGCCAGCCGAAUGGUGCGGAAGUGUGUAGCGAGAUGCGUGCCCAAGUAGGGCGCAUAUGACAUAUGAAAUAAUUUAGGACAGUGAAUCAGGCCUACAUUUGCUGUCUAAUACAUUAAUCAAGUGUGUCAAUUAGGGCACACACUGAAUCAAUGCGCAAAUGCGUAUUACGACCUAGACGAUCGAGCAUUCAGGCAAUAGCCUUUCAGGCUAAUUAUUUAAAUGUAUAGUGUAUAUAGUUAUAAUAAUAUAUUUGUUUGUUUUGUUAAACUGUUAUUGAAAACUCCGUGCAAUAUGUUGUAAGGUUGAUUGUGUGUUCGCUGGUGGUUCGGCGUUACACAAACAAAAACGACCAAUUCUGAAAAAUAUGUGUCUUUGAAUCUUAUCCAUAUGUUUGUCUGUAGUUUUUUUAUUUAAAAAAACAACAACAAAUGUCUUGUUAAAUUAAUUAUUUUACAAAACAUAUAUUGUGUCUUGUAACAUUACAUAUGUGUACAAGCAUGUAUUUGUUGUUAUUUGUUUGAUUGUACAUGUUAGAAUUGUGAAUCUCAUUUGUUACACUGACAAUUGUUUAUUAUUAUGCAUUUUGCUGUAAAUAUGUACGUGAA